GGAGGAGCAAGGCGGGCAGCAGGACCCCGGGCUGCGCCUCCCUUCAGUCUCAGUGGCUAUGGCCACCCGCCAAGAGUUAGAUGCUUUCAUGAUCCGGAAAUGAUGAAAAAAGAAAGAAAGAAAGAAAAGUGUUUCUGAAGUGUGGUGGGAGGGCAGGGGAGGGAAGGGGAGGGGAGGAAGAGAGAAGGAGAGGCACAGGGCGAAAGGUCCCCAGCGGUGGGUGCUCCAGGGCGCGGGGAAGGGGCGGGGUGCGCGGAGCCAGCGCAGCAGAGUCUGGGCAGAGACGUAGCCAGGGGAGCAGCAACAAGCAACAGCAGCGGCGGUAGCCAAGGCCAAGGCCAAGGCCAAGGCAACGGCUCCGGCCACGGCCGCGGGACGGGAGAUGCUGCGGCUCCCGGAGGCUCGCUAACUUCCCAGUGCAGGAAAGAGGAGGAAGAAGAACAGUGCGCUGGGAUCUCAGACAGCGAUGCCGCGGGUCCGCUGUUAGUUGGGUCAGAGGGGUGUAGGCUCUAUAUUUCUUGGUGAGAGGGCUGGCAGAUGUCCCAAGUGGGAGAACCUCUUCCUCCUGGGCCUGAAGGGCCAAAACAUGGAGCUGAGUCUGAAAGCAGCUUUUUGAUCUCACUCCCUGGGGAAAAAUGUGACCAAGACAAUACAGAGAGAGUUACAUCACCCAUCAAUAGUCUUUUUAUACAUGGAGAAAUACAAGACCAAUCUAUCUGGGGAAAUCAUUCAGAUGGCGAUCUCAUCAGAACACAACCUCAACGCUUGCCUGAGCCCCAAACUUCAGCCCAGGAGCAAAGUGAGGAAGAAACAGGGAAGAUAAAGAAUGGUCAUACAAAUCUGAGAAAUGGAAAUGGGAUCCACAAUGGGGUUAGACAUGUAUCUAUAGAUAACAGAAAACUUUCUGGACCCGUUUCACAAAAAAUGCAUAAAAAACUUCAGUCCAGCUUGUCUGUGAGCAGUGAUAUGAGCAAGAAGAGCAAAGUCAGUGCUGUAUUUUCUCAAAAACCAGGCUCAUCACCUGAAGAUUGCUGUGUUCACUGUAUCCUGGCCUGCUUGUUCUGUGAGUUCCUGACCCUCUGCAAUAUCGUAUUAGGACAAGCAUCAUGUGGCAUCUGUACUUCGGAGGCCUGCUGCUGUUGCUGUGGUGAUGAAGUAGGAGAUGACUGUAACUGCCCUUGUGACAUGGAUUGUGGCAUAAUGGAUGCCUGUUGUGAAUCAUCAGACUGUUUAGAAAUCUGUAUGGAAUGCUGUGGAAUUUGCUUCCCAUCAUAAAUAUUUAUCCUUUAUUUUAUUUUGUUCAAAACUGGAGUUUCUGGUUUGUUUGUUUUUUGAUUCUCCUAAGUGGGCAAAAAAGCAUCACAAGAUUCUCAUGAAACAACCCAGCAUUUGCACUGUUAUUCCCUCCUUUUAAAGAACCUUUGAAAACUCCAUAUUCAAACCACAUGUGUAUGGUUUUAUUUGUGAAAUCGUAACUACUUUUUUUUUCUUUAAUAGGUUGCUUAAGUAAUGGGAGACUUUUGAAAAAAAUUCAUUUUUUCUCCUACUUCUUAGCUAGAUUUGCAAUAACCAUUCCUGGAAGCCUUCUUAUUCCAAAAGCUUUUAUUUCUAAAUGAGUAUUUAAAAAAGAUGUAUUUUUGUUAUUUGUCUAUUAAUGUUGAAAAUAAAUUGUUCUUUGUAGUUUAGAGAGAACAGACUCAAAACUGUCUCAAAAACAAAAUCGUGGGAACUUGAGUUUCAGAGACUUUCCACAUUUGUUACUUGAAGAGUUUAACUUCAUAAUAAACUUUAGAGGUUAAAAGGAAAACUAUGUGUACUAAAUCAAUCACAAUGUAGAUAUCUUAAGUAUACAUAGCCAUUUUAAAAUAGUAAGAAAUAAAGUAUUUAGGGGAAAAGCCCAUCUAGGCUAAGAUUUACUAAAAUGCAUAUUUUGUUAUAGCUGUAUAUAUAUAUAUAUAUAGCUAUGUAGUUAUGAUAUAUCUCCAUCAUGAAGUUUUAAGUUGAUAAAGACUUAUGUAGCUGACAGUAUUUCCAGAGUAGGGAAGUGGCAGUGCCAACACGCAGAGUAGCACUGGUAUAUUUGCAUUUUAAUUUGAACAACUAUUUUUGGUGAGGGGAGUUGCAUUUUUGAAGUUCUUUUAGUUUUUGUUAGAUUUUAACCAAUUGUAAAACAACAGAUUACAUAAAAAGCAGUUCCUACACACCAUUCCUUAAAAUGAAAUGAAAAUUCCUAGUUCUACCAUAGUGACUAGAUUUCAAGAUUCCAGUCUUGUAAUGAAUCAUCAAUUACACAUAUUCUGAAUUCACCUUAUGUAAUAGGAAAGUAGUAAAAGACAAGGAGAGUUAUAGUCAAUUUGAGACUUGCACCAUUUGGGUAUAUUCUUUUAGAAGGAGGAGUAUGUUUUCCUAUGGUGUGUUCCCCUACUGUCUUGAUUUUUCCAGUUUGUUAUGUUUGGUUUAAUGUAAUUUUUUUGUGGAGUUACAAAAGUAGAUUUUUGGGUUGAUGUUUCUUGCUACAUAUCUAAUUUAUUGCUACACAGCCCUUUCCAGCCACCUUUAGCACAGAUAAGAUAGCCUUUUAAAAGAGGCAUUGCUAUGUUCGUCUCAGAAAUGCAUGACCACAGAUGCCAAGGACAGAAGUGCUAUCUGUUACCAUAUUCUUUUUGUGUAACACAGUUGCUGGUAAUUUCAUGUAUUGUUGUCAUUGUUGUUGGUCAGUUGUUCCCUUGUGUACCCCUCUUUGUCACUCUUUGGGCCAUACUGUCCGUGGAGUUUUCUUGGCAAAGAUUCUGAAGUGAUUUGCAAUUUCCUUCUUCAGUGCAUUAAGGCAAAAAGAAGUAAAGUGACUUGCCCAGGGUCUCAUAGCUACUAAGUAUCUGAGGCCAUUUUUGAACUUAGGUCUUCCCAAUUCCAAGCCUAGUGCUCUAUCUACUGAGCCACCAAGCUGCCUUAUUUCAUAUGUAAGCAAAAUAGUAACAACAAAAUGUCUUCAUUACCACUUGUGGUGUGUUUUACAAACUGACGACUUUUGAGUUAUUGAAUUUAAAAUAGAAUGCUAGUAUUUUCCCUCUCCUAAAGAGUGCCUUCUAUUUGUUAAACCAAAAUAUAAGAGCUUUGUAGUAUUUUAUACAUAACCAGAAUCUCAGUAUUUAUAUGUACCCAAGCCUAACAUUCCAUAUACUUGCUAGAUAUAUGAAACAUAACAAAUUAUGAGUAUCAUCUUAUAAAGUCUUGUAAUGACUUGGGAUUUUUAGAUUAUUUCAUUUUUCCUGAAAACAAUUUUUGACCAAGUGAUAUCAGAUAUUUAAAUAUAUUCUGCAAUUUGCUAUUGAAAUAUCAAUCCUUUCGUAAUAUAUGUCUCUGUAGCAGAGAACAUUAGUUGGAUAGUGGAAUUUCAUUUUCAUUUUCUCAAAAUUCUUUUAUGUCUACUUCAAACAAUCAUUUUGUAAGCACCUUGUAUAAUAAAAACAAAACAAAAAUAGAUAAAUGUGAACUUGUAAUUUUAAGCACCAGUUUCAGAAUUUUUAUGUGCAAGAUGUUCUGUUAGAAAUUAUGGACAUUGUGAUUAAAUUCUAUGGUUUACACUUAAAACAUUUGUGAGGCAGUAGAGCUUCAACCUUCUCUUAAAAACUGGUAAUGUGGACUUUGAAUUAUGUAUUAACUGGAUCUUGUAUUAUCCUAAAGAACACUAUUUUGAAAAUAAAGAAACAACAGCUCUAUUUUGAA